AUCGGUGCUAAGACCCGAGAAACUUUCGUGGCAAGAAUUUGUUAAAAAUAUACAAAUAAUUAAAUUCCAGCCCUAAGGCAAUGCAUGAUCCGGUCAAAAAGUCGGCUCACUUGACCGCUGGCUCCACCAGCACAGCGGAGAAGCUGUGCUUCGACAAGAAUGAGUUUAUGAAGGCAAACUUCUCGGUGGAUGAGUUUCUGCACAAGAACCGCAAUGCGCCCAGUCUGGAGCAGCUACGCGACAACCUGGGCCUUUACCUCAAAGGUCUGCGGGCGGCCAUGAUAGAUUUGAUCAACGAGGAUUACGCAGACUUCGUAAACUUGAGCGCAAACCUGGUGGGACUGGACCAGAAUAUAAAGACCAUUCAACAGCCAUUGGAGCAAUUCCGCAGCGACAUCGAGAGCAUUCACGGCUUGAUAGAUGAGAACGUGACCGAGCUGCGGGCCCAGUUGGAGGAAAAGCGUCAGCUUCGCGAGUUCAAACGCGGUCUGCAGAGCCUCAAGAAAGUGUAUGAGACCAUUAACAAGCUUCAGGAUCUAAUCGACCGAAAGCUCAGCGGGGAACAACCAAUUAAGGCCGUUGACCUGGAGCGCGCUGCUCUGGACCUGAUUCAAUUGAAGUUCCAUGAGAAACACUGUUUCAAGCACUUAAGUCCCGACCAUCAAGGGAAGAUCCAACAGCUAGAAGAGCAAUUGCAUCAGCAUCUGCGACGCUUCUUCAAUGACGCCCUUAGCCAGGCACGCAACUCGGCACCGGAAUCCUUAGAGCGCUGCUUGCGGAUCUACAUAACUCUAAAUGCCUGUGAUCAGGCAGAGUGCGCCUUCCGCGAGGAUGUGGUGGCACCGUAUAUGACGGGCGUCAUUGGCGAACAACAGUUGCAAAACUCGCCGCAGGGAUUAGCUGGCAUCUACAGCAAGAUCCUCAACUUUAUAUCGCUGCAUAUGACCGAUUUGCUGCGCCUUACGCUUUACUCUGAUAAGUUUCCGGGCUUUAACUUCGUGGUUAAUAGUUACUGGUCUGAUGUGGAGACGCGUCUCGAACUGCACAUGAAUUCCAUAUUUGCGCCUGGCAAUUCGGAGGUGUUCUAUGUAAAAUACAAGUGCACUCGCGAUUUCCUGGGCAAAAUAGAGGAGCUAUUGACCUGCUCCGGAGAGCAGGCCGUAACGUUCUAUCGCCAGCACAAGCAAACAAAAAGUUUUGAGGCUCGCUGGAAUCUUCCGGUUUACUUCCAAAUAUGCUUUCAAGAAAUUGCUGGUAAAUUUGAAGCCCAGUUGGAGCCGGUGCUCCAGGAGGAUAGUUUAAAAGAUAAUCUCACCGAUAGUGACUACAAAAUAUCCGCAUUUAAUGCCGCGAAGGAGGCUAUGACACGGUGCUGGGCCGAGGGAGUUUACCUACCCGAAGUAUUUCCGAAAUUUUACAAACUUAAUGUGCAGGUGGUACUGCGUCUUUCGCGCUGGAUCACGGAUGCAAUUACUCAAUCGAAAGGCAGCAACUUUUCUAAGCCCUACACUCGAAACCAGUUGCUUAUUGCCCUCCAUGCUGACAUUCGCAAACUUGACGCGCAUCUGCCAGAGCUUCAGCAAUUGAUUAUUAAAUCAGUGCCCGUUGAACAGUGUACGAAGAUCUUUAGCGACGUUUUGGCCAAAUCGAUGUCCUGCCUAGCCGACACGCUAGGUGCGCAUUUGACCAACAUACAAAAGACCUUAGUGGAGUUGCUGAUCGGAGAAUGCGAGACGGAAAAUGUGCGACAGGUAAACGACUUGCCGCGGCUGUAUCGCAAGACGAAUCGAGAGGUUCCCACACGAUGUUCGAGCUAUGUGGAGCAAAUGCUGCGACCGCUGAAGGCAUUUGCCCAGCAGAACGAGUCCCAGCUUGGCACCCUGGUGGUGGAACAAAUCUUGGCGGAAGUUGCUAGUCACAUAACCAAGGCGUACUUCAAUGUGGUGAGCGAUGUGCUCACAUCCGUACAGAAAACCGAGGAGUCAUUGCGACGCUUGCGAAAUGUAAAAAGUGGCGGAGCCGCGACUGUUUCGACUGGAAGCUCGGCUGUAAUGUCUGACGAUGAUAAGAUUCGCGUCCAACUGCGAGUGGAUGUCACAUCCUGGAGGCAGGAGCUGUGCAAACUAAACUUUCAGGCCACCCAGAUCGAUAAGCUAGUCGAGCUGACAAACAUGGUGGAGGACAGUAUCAAGCUAAAGGAUAACAGCGCUUAGUCACCAACAACGAUCAGUUAUUAAACGUAUACACUUCUUUUUAUUCUUGGUAAACGAAUUCUAACGAUUCUUUAGGCACAAUUAUUGAUUGUAUUAGGACUACGAAUUGUACAUAAUAUAUAUAGGCAUAUAUGUAUAUCAUAUAUUUAAAUGCAUUGAAUUUCACAAUCGUUAUUGGUAAAUACCGGCGAAUAGGAUUCUUCCUCGAAGUUAUUCGCUGUUGGAAUGAAACAGAGAAGAGAUUGCGGAAAAUUAGCCGACAGAACUCAUCAAACUGUGGCCACAGAACGCUAAAGAUAUAUAAAGAAUAUUGCAAAACGGCAGGCAAGGAACCAUGCAUAACAUAACUCAAGCUUGCAAUGAUAUAUACAAAGAUAUUAAGUUGUGUGCAUAUAAGAAUGAGCGGCUCAACGGAAGACAAACAGGAUUGGAUGCCAAGGCUCAAACAAAAACAAAACUAAGCUUGCUACAUUACAGCUUGAGUUCCUCGGUGUCCGGUAGCUUGCGGAAAAACCACUGCACAUGUUCCUCAGUGACAUCGGCCAGCUUGGUUGGCUGCCACUGGGGCUUCUGAUCCUUGUCGAUGAGUAGGGCGCGCACUCCCUCCUUGAAAUCACUUCGCUCCAGAUGACGCACGGCCAGACGAUAUUCCAUAAUAAGACACUGAGCCAGCGACAGCUGUGAUCCGAGCUCCAACUGACGGAACGUAACCUUCAUCGAGGUGGGAGACAUCUUCGAGAGCGUCUAAAACAAAGAAAAAAGCAAUGUGUCUGAUUUCAAUAAUAAAAUUCAACUCUAAUAG